AUGCCAGCCUGGUUGUUCAUCCUAGGCACCUGCUGCCUCCUCCUCUUGCCCAGCCGGGCUACUCCCCAUGUCAGCAGUGAAGAUGCCUCUCUCCUGGCGGCAGAGCCGGAGCCGCUGCGCUGCUUCUCCAGGGAGUUUGAGGACCUCACGUGUUUCUGGGACGAGGAAGACCCAGGGCCCUACCAACUUCUCUUCGCUUACCCCGGGGAGGAGCCCCAAGUGUGCCCACUGAGCUCCCAGAGGCUGCCCAAUGGAGGGCUCCGGCACGUCUGUCAAAUCCAGUCUGCCCAUGGCAUGCGCCUCUUUGCCAAGCUGACGUUGUGGGUGUGGGACCCUGCCAAAAACCGAAACCGGACCCAACGAGUGCUCAGCUUGGAAAACGUGGGUCUGCCUGCCCCACCGAAGAGCAUCACUGCAGUGACUUCUGGUCAAACUGGGGAGCUACAAGUCACAUGGGUGGUGCAGCCCUCAGAAAUCAGUGACUUCAUGGAGCAUGAACUCCAGUUUGGCCCUUCGGACCCCAGCAACUCUGCUCAGCCCACGAUCAAAGCACUGCUCCAAGCACCCAUGUGCUGCCCAUUCAUGAGGUGGCCACACACCCAGCCACACCAGGCCACUGCAACCCCUGGGCCUCACCUGGCUCCAGCUCAGCUUCCAGGGAACCAGUCUAUACAGCAGUACCCCACCAGCGAGGGACCCUCCAGAAAAGGCUACACAAGCCAGGGACCUGCCAGCAGGGGACACUCAGGGCAGCCUCGGGGCCCCAGAGAAUCCCUAGAGCUAAUCAGUGGGAGCUGUGUCAUCUCGGGAUUUCAGCCUGGGACCUCAUAUUGGCUCCAGCUCCGGAGCAGGCCUGAUGGGAUCUCCCUUAAGGGUUUCUGGGGACCGUGGUCAUCUCCUGUGACUGUGAGCCUACCACAGGAUGCAGGGGAGAUUGGGCUGCAGUGCUUUACUCAGGAUCUGAAGCAUGUCACAUGCCAGUGGGAAGAACCAGCCCAUCCCAACACCUCCCAUGGCUACUUCUACAAGUGGAGAGCUGGCAGCUGCCCUAGGAACAGGGGCCCUGCCUGGGAGAAAUGCGAGAUGGACUCCAGGGCAGAGGAAAGCCCAAUCUCCCGCUGCCAUUUUGCAUCUCAAAAUGAUAGUGCCAUUCACAUCCUGGUGGAAAUAACCACUGAACAAGGCACUAGACAUCAGUACCUUGGCACUCCCUUCUGGAUGCAUCAAAUUGUUCUCCUAGAAGCUCCAGGGCUGCACUGGACAGCCGAGUCCGGUGGGCAGGUCAAGCUGACCUGGAGGCACCCCUCGCCCUGGCUGCCAGGGAAGACACACUAUCAGCUCCGCUACUCCGGGCAGAACCUCGGGCACUGGAAGGUACUGGAGCCUCCGCGGGGUGCGCUGGGAGAAACUCUGGAGCUCCGCCCCGGGGCCCAGUACCGACUGCAGCUGCGCGCGAGGCCUGACGGCCCCACCUACUACGGACCUUGGAGCGCCUGGUCUGCGCCUGCGCUCGUGGAGAUGGCGCCCGAGAACGGCUGGGUCUCCGUGGUGACGAGCGCGGUACUGACGCUGGGCUUCGGCGGCCUCGUGGGCCUCGUGUUGCGGCGCCUCUUCCCGGCGCGGUUCAGGUCCGCGAUCAUGGCUCAGUUUGUGUUUGAGAAUGACCUGCACUCCCUGCUCCAGCUGGACACGUCAAUUGUCAAUGCGCCCCCUGCCCGUUGGCAGCGCAAAGCCAAGGAAACUCCUGGGCCUCCCCCUUCCCCAAUGCGCACGGCCAACCGCUCACACAGCUCUGGGAAGACGCCGGGCCGGACUCCUGGCAAAUCUGCUUCUAAGACACAGAGCACCCCCAGUAAGGCAGGAGGAGAUCGCUACAUUCCCCAUCGAAGUGCAGCCCAAAUGGAGGUGGCCAGCUUCCUACUGAGCAAGGAGAAUCAGCCAGCCAACAACACGCCCACCAAGAAGGAGCAGCAGAAAGCCUGGGCCUUGAACCUGAAUGGCUUUGAUGUGGAAGAAGCUAAGAUCCUUCGGCUCAGCGGGAAGCCCCAAAACGCCCCAGAGGGCUAUCAGAACAGCCUGCGCGUUCUGUACAGCCAGAAGGCCACCCCAGGCUCCAGCAGGAAGAAGAGCUGCCGCUACAUCCCCUCCCUUCCCGACCGAAUCCUUGACGCCCCUGAGAUCCGCAAUGACUACUACCUCAACCUCAUGGAUUGGAGCUGUGGCAACGUGCUGGCCGUGGCUCUGGACACGUCUGUGUACCUGUGGAGCGCAGGCUCAGGGGAGAUCCUGCAGCUGCUGCAGACCGAGCGGCCCGGGGACUACGUGUCCUCCGUGGCCUGGAUCAAGGAGGGAAACUACCUGGCUGUGGGUACCAGCAACGCAGAGGUUCAGCUGUGGGACGUCCAGCAGCAGAAACGGCUCCGGAACAUGAGCAGCCACUCGGCACGUGUGGGCGCGCUGGCCUGGAACAGCUACAUCCUCUCCAGCGGGUCUCGGUCUGGCCACGUCCAUCACCAUGAUGUCCGAGUGGCAGAACACCACGUGGCCACGUUGAGCGGACACAGCCAGGAAGUGUGUGGCCUCCGUUGGGCCCCUGAUGGCCGAUACCUGGCCAGUGGUGGCAACGACAACUUGGUGAACGUGUGGCCCAGCGCUCCGACCGAUGGGGCCUGGGGGCCCCUGCAGACCUUCACUCAGCACGUGGGUGCAGUCAAGGCUGUGGCCUGGUGUCCCUGGCAGUCCAAUGUGCUGGCCACUGGAGGCGGCACCAGCGACCGUCACAUCCGCAUCUGGAACGUCUGCUCAGGAGCAUGUCUCAGUGCCGUGGAUGCCCAGUCCCAGGUGUGCGCCAUCCUCUGGUCCCCACACUACAAAGAACUCAUCUCUGGCCAUGGCUUUGCCCAGAACCAGCUGGUCAUCUGGAAAUACCCAAGCAUGGCCAAGGUGGCCGAGCUCAAAGGUCACACGGCCCGAGUCCUGAGCUUGACCAUGAGCCCUGAUGGCUGCACCGUGGCCUCGGCUGCCGCCGAUGAGACCCUGCGCCUGUGGCGCUGCUUUGAGCUGGACCCUGCGCAGCGGCGGGAGCGGGAGAAGGCAAGUGCGGCCAAGAGCAGCCUCAUCCACCAGGGCAUCCGCUGAGGCCGGUCCCAGCUCCCUCCCCUGCCCACUGGGUUUUAUUUUUCUAAUAAAGACACCUGUCCCCCUGCUGCGAUCUCUCCUCUGUCCUG